CCCCCCAAGCGCCGCCCCCCUCCCAGCACCAACGGCACCACCCCCCACAAACAGCCCAAGCCCCCCCGGUCCCCCCGGGCCUCAGGGACCCCCCAGGCCCCCCCCGGCCCCCCCCAGAGCCCCGGGGGUCCCGUGCUGGGGGGGGUGGUGCUGGUGCUGAGCGGGUUCCAGAACCCUCUGAGGGGCCAGAUCCGCGCGGCCGCCGUGGCCUUGGGGGCCCAGUACCGGCCCGACUGGACCCCCGACAGCACCCACCUGGUGUGCGCCUUCCCCAGGACCCCCAAGGCCACCCAGGCCCGGCAGCUCGGGGGGGUCGUGGUGGGGCCCGACUGGAUCUGGGACUGCCAGAGGGAGCAGAGGAGGCUGCCCUGCGGCCCGUACCUCCUGGAUGGCUCCGCCUCCUCGGGCAGUGAAGAGGAGGAGGAGGAGCCUGAGGAUGCCCCACCCCCUCCACGGCCCCGCCCAUCCCCCAACGCAAAAAAGAUGGCGGGGGCACCUCCUGCUCCUCCCCCACCCGCCACAGCCCCGGCCACGCCCCCUGAGUCCAGUGACAGUGACAGCCAAUCGGAGGAGGACGACCCCUAUGGAGGCUCCACCGAGGAGAACAGCGAGGAGGAGGAGGAGGGGCCCGAGGAGCCCAUCCCCCCCCUGCCCGACUUUUUUGAGGACAAAACCUUCUUCCUGCACGGGGAGUUCCCGGAGGGGGAGGGGCGGCGGCUGAGACGGCUCGUGAUCGCCUUCGGAGGCACUCUGUCCCCCUCCCUGGAUGACUCGGUGACCCACGUGGUGACAGCCCAGGACUGGGACCCCGCCCUCGAGGAGGCACUGGAGCUCCGCCCCUCGCUGACCUUCGUGCGCCCCCAUUGGCUGGAGCUGUGCGGGGAGCGGCAGCGCCCCCUGCCGGCUGCGCCCUUCACCAUCGGACCCCGCGCGUGAUGUCAUCAGGGUGACGUUGUCGCAGCUCCUCCUCCACUUUAUACCCC